UCCAUGCACUUGUAACUUUUUCAACACAACCUUAUUGCUUUGAAAAUUCUUAGCUUUUUACUUUUAGGGAUACGCAAUCAACGAGGGUACAUAUCAAACCUUGAUUCUUGGCAUCAGCGAGGCAGCCUCUGAUGGACUGGGAAAGAUACGCAAAGCUAUUAUGCCAGAGAAGAUUGAGAAGGGAGAUGUGAAACCGCCAAAGAGGGGUAAGCUGUGGGCAAUCCAUGAGAAGGAGUUGGAUGGUUGGGCUCUACCCUUUUUGGGUUCGGAUAAGUCUAUUGUGAACCGUUCGCAGUACUACGACUGUGUGACCAACAACAAAAGACCCGUCCAAAUUGAAACAUAUCUCCGUGUCUCCUCCCUCUUAUGGGGAGUACUGCUUGCUAUGUGGUUGACUUUAUUCGCCAUACUUGCACAAUUCAAAUUUACCAGAGACAUUCUGAAGAAACAUCCCAAUAUUUGCAGCUUCAACAUGUUCAAGAGCUCUGGCCCAACGGAACUGCAAAUUGCUGAAGCCUCGUUCAUCUACUGGUUUUUCGGCUAUGGAUAUUCCGAGCGUAAGCCAAUAGGGGAGAAACAUACUGGGACGCCUGAUCAGAAGGUAAAUGUCCUUUUCUUUCUACCAACGAGACGGGAUAGUCUUCCAGAAAUAGUUGCUUUCAAAAACCUUAGAAAGAUAAGCUAUUAA